GACUCAAAUUAGGUUAGAGAAUAGUUAGCGGAAGGUUGAGCUGAGCUUACCGUGUGAAAAGUAGUUGAAAUAAUGGGUCCCAUGAAAAGUAGGGGUGGUAUUCGGUCGGUAACCGGUAAACCGGUUAUCGACUUUACCGGUUUUCAGUAUACCGAGUGUGGGUAAGUGGGAAUCGAUUACCGAUACCGGUUACCGAAUUACCGCUAAACGGUUACAAACCGGUUUUACCGACUUACCGUAAAGAGUAGUUGCGGACGGUUUUUCGGUUUGGUUUACCGGAAAAUUACCAAACCGAAUUUCUGGGCAAUAGAGUGAUGUUGUAAUAUUUUGAUUUUUAUGAGUUUUUUGUUCAUUUUUGUAAUUAAUAAAUUAUUAUUAACUCCUAUUUAUAUUAUUUUUUAGGCCUAUACUUACUUACUUUCAUUCAUGUAUGUAAUAUUUGUGAAUAAUGAAGUAUAUGUUAUUAGUUAAUACCUUAACUUGCCCGGUAUCGGUAUUACCGAAUUACCGUCGGUAUUUACCGAUACUGGGGCCGGUAAACCGAGCUUCCCCAUUUGAUCCUCGGCUGCUGAUACCGCCGGCAAACGGUUUACCGUUUACCGCCGGCUAUCGGUUAGGUAAAACGGUAAACCGUUUACCGACUUACCGUUUGUCACCCCUAAUGAAAAGUAAGUGAGAGAAAAUAGUGGAAAUCAGGAGGAUACAAAUUGUGAAAAUGACGAAUUCAAACUCAUCCCUAUAUCCGUGAUUUUCGGAUACCCAUGGGUAAUACCCGGCCCAUCAACUACUCCCCAUUAAUAAAAGAAUAUGGUGGCAAAUAUGGAUAUUACCGCCCAAAAUUGUAGAAAUAAUAGAUAAGAGGAUGAAAUUACGGUUUGGUUGCCAGCAAUUAUAUUUUAACACUUUGUUUUUUCUUUUAAGGGCUAAUACCACUAGGAAAUCCGAACUAUUAACUUUAUGUCAUUUGUGUCCUAAAGUAUCCGAUAUGACAAUUGUGUCCCAACGUUUGGUAGUUUUGUGUCAUUUACGUCCUAACAAUUUUGGUGACCAUUAGAGAUAAUGGUUGACCAAACGGUCAACCAUAAAAUGUUGACUGUUGGUUACAUGGCACAUAUGUGGCAGACAUGUAUGCGCCACGUCAGCUGCCACAUCAGGUUGUUAUUUUUAAAUUAAAAUUAACAAUUAAAAUACAAAGAAAACUUAAAAUAGAAAAUCUUCUCCGGCAGAGCUCCAGCUCCAAUCGAUGUGAAUCCCUUCCUUCUAGUCGACUUCUUCUUCUCCUGCAGAGCUCCCAGCUCCAAUCGACGUGAGUCUUCUUCAGGAAAUGGGGAGGACCAGACUUGUUCAGUCCCUCCAUCGGUUUUGGCACAACCAGUCAAGACGACGAUGUCGCAGAGGAAGAGGACCCGUCGUUGUUGUUUUUCGGAACUUCUUCAUUCCCGCCGACGCCGCUCAAAUUCAAUCCCUAAUCUGAUUCAAUGAACUCUCGCAAACGAAAUCAACAAUCUCCCGACCCUUCAAUUUGAUUUGAAUCCCAGUGUCAAUUCCGACUCUUCCACUACAAUACAAACCUCAGCGGAAUAGCUGGGAGCGUAGAUUUGGAGGCGGCGGGCGACUUCCCCUUUGUCACCGACCACAAGCGACUUCGGUCGCAAUCCUUUGUUGCUCGGCGAGACCCAACGAUGAUGACGGAGAGAUUGAGAGGUUUGGAGCAGAUCUGGAGCAAUGAGAGAUCUGGAGAACGACGACAACAAUCAAUCGCUGGCCACUGCGAUGAGGAUGAUGCAGAGGCGGAAGAGGAAAGUGGACGAGAAGUGUCGGAAUCAUUGCAUCCCUUAACUUCGUUGGAUCCGGCAUGGAAGUGGAGCUUCGAGACGAAUCGGGGGAGAGGAGUACAGGGAGACGGAAAAGCCAAUUUGAGAACGUGAACGAAUUUUCCACCUUUUUUUAAAUUUUCUUUUAAUUUCUAUUUUUUGUUAUUUUUUCCUUUUAAUUUCCACGUCAGAUGCCACAUCAGCGCUGAUUAUACUUUCUGUUUAAAACUAACGGUCAACGCCAGUCAACCAUAACGAAAAAAUAGGUUGGGACACAAUUGUCAUAUCGGAUACUUUAAGACACAAAUGACACAAAGUUAAUAGUUCGGAUUUCCUAGUGGUAUUAGCCCAACCCUUCUUUUAAUUACCCUUCAUUCCAUUGACAAGUUACAAUAGACUCCUUAUAUUUUAUGCAUAUAACAUAAUAUCAUUGGUGGGCGGGUUUGGGUAUAGGGUGGGGGAGUCCCAAACCAUACCCGCCCCAUACCCAUCAACCUUUUUGUCGGUUUAACCCAUACAACAUUGACUGGGUCGGAGGCGGUCGGGUACCCGUCGCCAUGGGUUUGGUUGCCAUCCCUAUUUAGUGCGAAUAUGUUUUCUAAUAUAUGUUCUGCACCUUCUGAAUACAAGUUAUGAAAAUGAAAAAUACACAUAUAACCUCUAUUUCCAUAAACGAACCGAAAGUUGAACCGGAAAAGCUAGUGGUUCAUGGUUCAGUGGUUAACCGUUAUAAAACUGAUAUGAUCCUGGAAUCGAUCAAAUUCCAUGCAGGAUUAAUCGUCAAAGAGGCCAAGUCGAAUUGCAAAGAAGAAGCUGAAAAUUGUCCAAGUAUUUUUCAUGUUUCAGGAAGCCGACUUUGGAGGCUUGGUUCUCUCAAUUUUCCCAAUGAAAAUUUGUGUUUGAUAGCUUGUUUUGAAGAUAAGAACUUUAUCUACACAUUUGUAUGCUUGGGUGCUCAAGUAGAAGUCUAGAAGGUCAUUUUCCAGAUGUGUAAAGAUGCUAGCUGGAAAGCUGAAAACUGCCAGAAAAUGGCUAAGGCAGAAAACUGUUUUGUGAAGCCUACCUUGGAGCUUAAUUCGAGGAGCAUGGAUGGAAUUCAAGUCCAAAGGCUUCCGCAACAUGAAACUAGGUAUGUUUAUAUACAAAGGUAAGGAAUUGGGUGAAAGAUUGGAGUUCGAGAAGGCCUCGAACGAAUAGCACAAAGUUAGUACAAAAGCUGCUUUUGGACUGUUUGCUGGCAGCUUACUGGUAUUUUAAGAAAGGGAGCUUAAACUCGAAUUUUGUGUCAUUUUUAGUGUAUACUUUUACCUUAAUUGUUUCCUAGUUUUAUUAGGAUUAUAUUAUUAAUAAUGCAAGCUAUCUUUUAAUUAUUUUACUGUUCCAACGAUUUUUUAGCAAAUCUAAAAUUAGUAGGUAGUCAGCAGUCUUCAAUUCCGAGUUUUUGUUCACAAGGCAUGCAUGUUCCACUGUGAUAGCUCCCACAAUAUCGAUCUUAGGGAACACCGCCUAAUAUGCAUGCUUUUCCUGUUACCAUUUUACUCAUUUGAUUAGCGUGCCCAAACUCUGAUAUAUUUAGGGGAAUAAGGGUUUACCUGAUGUUUUGAGAAGAUGAGACAGGCAUACAGCAUGUGCACCCGUAUUAAUUUUCUUACUGUUAACUAUUAACUACAACAUAGCUCAAUAUUCACCAUUAAUAAUCAUUUUGCAAAAGUUUGGUAAUGUAAGUUAAUUUUUAUAUAAUAGUUUAAUACUUUUCAUAACUUGAUUUAAUAUUAGACCACACAUUAUGAAAUUUUUACGUCACACCAUUCUGCACCAAUUACGUAAAUUAGACAUACGUCAUACAUUAUGCCAAAAUUAAGGAUGUAGAGUUAUUUCUGAAGUAUCAAUUAAAGUAAACGUAUUAUGUGAGUUUUUCGUAAUGAUUAAGACUAUGUCAAGUUUAUCCAUGGAUAAUUAUUUUUUAUGUAUCAAUUAAACAAACAUAUUAAGUAAUUCUUUUGUGAUAUAAGUUUGAACGAAAAAAUUUAAGUAUUAUUAAUUAAAAUGUUCAUAAUCUCAUCGACGUGCAUCACAUAAAAGUUAUGUAAGGCC